UUUCGCGAAAACAAAACAGAGGGCGGAGAAACUCAAGAGUGACGUUUGUUUAUUUCAAAAGUGCAAGUGUUUUAUUGUUGCAUUUUAUUAGAAAAAUCUAAAUUUUUGCAUUCAUCGUCAUGGUGGAUUACAGCAAGUGGAAGAAUAUUGAGAUUUCUGAUGAUGAAGAUGAGACUCAUCCAAACAUCGACACACCUUCACUGUUCCGUUGGAGGCAUCAGGCCAGAGUUGAACGCAUGGAAGAAAUGAAGAAAGAAGCGGAAGAAAUUAAGAAGAAAAAAGAGGAAACUCAGCGAAAGGUGUCACAAGCCAAAGAGAAGUUGGCGGAAGCUGAGAAGGCUGGAGAUGCGAAUUUGAAGGAACUUAAAGAUUCUCUAGCAGCGUUGGAGAAGGAAGUGGAAGCGAUCAGGAAGAAACAGGAAGAACAUGAGAAGAAAGAAAAAAUGGCUCCUUGGAACGUGGACACAAUUAGUCAACCAGGUUUUGCAAAGACUGUUAUUAAUAAGAAAGCUCCUAGACCGAAGGAUGAACAAUUAACAGAUGAAGAAAAAGAAAGUCGCAUGAAAAAUUUUGUUAAAGAAAAUGAGAAGAAUUUAAAACAUUUUGGCAUGUUGAGACGUUAUGAGGACUCUCGUGCAUUUCUCAGGGAACAUCUAGAAUUGGUUUGUGAAGAUACAGCUAAUUAUCUUGUUAUAUGGUGCAUCAAUUUAGAAAUGGAAGAGAAACAUGACCUAAUGGAACAUGUAGCCCAUCAGACCAUCUGCAUGCAGUACAUUCUGGAAUUAGCCAAACAAUUAGAUUAUGACCCUCGUGGAUGCGUGGACCCAUUCUUCUCAAAAAUACAAAUAGCUGAUCCUUCGUACAAAAAAUCGUUUGAUGAUGAAUUAGACCAGUUUAAAGACAGAAUUAGACGACGUGCAGCUGAAAAAAUUGAAGAAGCCAUAAAAGAAGCUGAGGAGGAAGAGAGAAAAGCAAGAAUAGGGCCAGGAGGCUUAGAUCAGCUUGAGGUUUUAGAAAGUCUUCCAGAAAAAUUAAGGAAAUGUUUUGAAACACAAGACAUUCAAAUGUUGCAAGACACAAUAAAGGAAAUGGAUGAAGAAGAAGCCAAUUAUCACAUGAAGAGAUGUGUUGCUGCUGGACUUUGGAUUCCUGAUGCCAAAAAGAAAGAAGCUGAAGCUGUAGGUGAAGAUGAGGCUGGAACUUCUGAUGAGCAGUCAAAACCCUAAAAUCACUUGCUUUACAAUUUUUGUUAUUUAGCCUUUAUUUCCUAAGAAUGCAAAUUUAUUGUAUUAAUUUAUUAGGAAUGCUUGAAGAUGAUUAAAUUUCUUUACAAAAAGUA